AUGAGGCACAACGCCUUUGAGCUGAGCUUCGUAAAGCCAUGCCUUUUUGACCUCCAUCCUAUUAGAACAGCAAUCUUUGAGCAAGUCCCGNUCACCUUCUACAUCCGCAUCUUCCUCACUUAUGUGCCACUGUUGGGAGUGAAGGGCCUCCUGGGCCUUUUCUUUAUGGUCAGGUUCUUGGAAAGCAACUGGUUUGUGUGGGUGACACAGAUGAACCAUAUUCCCAUGCACAUCGAUUACGACCAGAACGUGGACUGGGUCUCCACCCAGCUCCAGGCAACAUGCAACGUCCACAAGUCCGCCUUCAAUGACUGGUUCAGUGGACACCUCAACUUCCAGAUUGAGCACCAUCUCUUCCCCACAAUGCCUCGACACAAUUACCACAAAGUGGCUCCCCUGGUGCAGUCCCUGUGUGCCAAACAUGGCAUAGCGUACCAGUCCAAGCCCCUGUUCUCAGCCUUCGCCGACAUUGUUCACUCAUUGAAGGAGUCCGGGCAACUCUGGCUAGAUGCCUAUCUUCACCAAUAACAACAGCCCAUCUGGAAGAGGAGCCUCUGGAGCCAAAGCAAAAGGGCACUUGAGGGCAAUGCCACUACAAUUCUAAAAUUCAGAGAUUGUGUUUGAGGAGAUAAAGGCUUGGCUCAAACCCUUUCCCUUUAUCUUCUAGGCAGAUUUAUGACCCAAAGAGGUUGGGGGAACAUGCAGGCCCCCUAGAAGGGAUGGAGCUAUUGGGGCAGGGAUAUGAGUUUUGUUUCCUUUUUCUAGUUUGUCAGAUGCAAAUGGUUGAUGAGCAAAGAGGGAGUCAGGAGGGUGUUAGAAGAAUAGGGAAACCUACUAAGCCCAGCAAUCAGGAAGAGAUUUCGCACUAAAAUUCCACCCAGGAAAGGGGUGAGCUCAUCUUACGGAUCCACUUCUCAGUGCCUUUCCACCCUCACCUACAAACCUCAGAGGUUCGCAGCCUGGAGGGAGAUGGAGCAGCUUAACCUUUUGAGCAAAGUUUAGAAAGGAAGCAUUAGUGUUUAGAAUUCUGAGGCCUGGGAGCCCAGCUCACUCUAGGGCUAGGUGACUUAUGUCUGCCUCAGGCUCCUGGAGAAGGAAUUUCUCCUUUGCGAAGAAGGCAGGGCAGAGGCCAGACUGUGGUGUCAGAGACAUCUGGCCGGCCCUAAAGGAUCCUGCCACUACUGAUUUUGGUCUCAUGUUCCAUCCAGGGUACCAAGGAAGCAUUAGGUCCUAGGUCUUGCCAAAAUGGCUAAUGGAGAGUUGUUGGCCAUUAAAAAUCAGUUCAGCUUUUGAUUUACCUCUUCUAACCAGUACCUAAGGAACAAAAUACUCCUCAGAUAGGGAGUCCACUUGCUCCAUAAGCAAGUGAGCAGAUGGGGCAACUUAAUCUCCUCCCUAGAAACAAAUGAGGGCUCCUCAUGGUUUCUCUUUGCUUCCCUACCUAUAAUUCCAAGUUUAAUACAAUAGCUGUCAGUGAGCACAAGUGACCAAGCUGGGAGAUACUAAAUUAGCAAUGAGGAAAACACAAGUUUCAGUCGUAAAGAAUAUAAGAGCUGUAAGAAAUUUUCUGUAACCUAGAUUAUGUUAUAGCAUUACUUCUGAGCAGGAGCAGUGUGGUUAAAUGUAACCAUUUUAGUUCUAAACCAGAAAUAGGAAGAUAAAAACACAGAAGUUUGUGAUCAUUGUUGCUGUCAUUAGGCUUCUUACACUGUCAACUCUGUUCAAGUGUCUUUCUCUGCUGGAGUCCAGGUAGGAAUUUAGGAUCAUCUCUUGAGCAUAGCAGUCUAAUAUUAAAAUGCAAUUUUUAAAUUUCCUGGUUUUUAAAAGAUAAAAACAGUUUAACCCAUCUCUAGAGAACAAACAUAGGAAUGUGCCCCAGGAGUCUCACCUUAACACCAGAGCUUGUCAUCAGCGUUCACCCCCUCCCCCUACACCCACAGCCUUUCAGUUCAGGUGAGGGGAUUAUUCGCCUGCUCAGCAGCAUCUGCUGUUAAGUAUAUUGAGCAUUUGGGACAUUUGGAAGACAAAGCACAGCUCUGGGCGAGUUUGCAUUUAGUUUUGGGAGAAUGGCAAUCAGGGAGAUGAAGGUCCUAGAGGCACCCCCCCCAUGGGAAGGCUGUCUUGAUUUCUUAGCAGUUUGUCAAAACAAAGACAAAACGAUUUUAAAAACAGAUGAGGGAGAACAGGUUGCAGAAGAGUUGAGAUCUUUUCCAUUUGGGAAGAACCUAGUUUAAAACAGCCUGGGUAGAAAAAUUAGUAGCAGAAUUGAAGAGCUCUAUUUUCAUUGGGUUCCUCACUCCAGAAUAGGCGCUGAUCCUUCCCUAUCCCUGUUCCCUGCUACCUAAGGUUUAGGUGUGGUGUCACCAGCCUGUCAAGCCAUCUGGCUUUGGGCCGAGGCUGCCCAAUCUGAGCACACCAAGUGAAGCUUAUUGAGCCAAGUCCAGAUCCUCAAAGCACCUCAAACACUGUGGCCUUCUCUCCUUGGCCUAGACCAGUGUGGUCUCACAUGGCCAAAAUGGGACAUUACCAGUGAUAAAAGGUUCAGACUAUUAAAGUGGUAACGUAAGUGAUCUCAAAUCCAACGACAGAUGAGAAAACAGGCUUAGACAGGACAAGUCACAUCCAGUCACAGAUUGUGGAAGAACUAACAUUUGAACUCACUUUCUAAAAACACCAGCUUCUAUGUUUGUCUUAGUUACUUUCAUCUUCCUACCACUUAUCCGGAGGCAUUUUCUUUAAUUAGGCCCAAUAUCAGUAUCCUUUGUGUAUGUGCCAAUUUUGUUACAUUCCAAUGAAGUUUAGAAAUAAAGUGAAGUUUGACCAAACGAAGGUGAUUCACUUGUAAUCCAACGCCCUUCUGCACACUGUCAGCAGGACUCUGUAUGCCUCUGCUAUGUUACCAUCCACUUCUACAGCUCUAACUAUUCUUUCUGAACAUAAGUCCCUCCCUGCACAGCAUCCGCUUUGUGUAAACAAGCCCGUUGGGAAGAGGAAGGAACAUCAAGGCCUGGAAGGCACCAACGCACAGGUGGAUUAUGGCAAGGAAAAGCCAACUCCUUUCCAUGACACCCGCAUGUUCCAAUAAUGAAUUGCUCAAUACACUAGCCAGGUUUUAUGUGCAUUGCUUCCUCCUAUCAUGAGGCAAUAUCUCCGCCCUUUUUUAACUCAUUUCUAGUCUCCAUAUGAAUAGUUUCCAUAAGUCUUUUUGCCUAAAUUUUUCUCUGCAGGCACAACGCCUUUGAGCUGAGCUACGUAAAGCCAUGCCUUUUUGACCUCCAUCCUAUUAGAACAGCAAUCUUUGAGCAAGGUUAGAACAUGCUAAAUAAAAAUUUGCAGAAUUGA